AUGGGACCAACCGAGAUUUGCCCGAGAGAGCCGGCGCGGGAGGCGGUGACAGAGUGCGAGGGGGAGAGAGCCGGCGUACAGGAGGCGGGGCGCGAAGACGCUGCUCGCCGAGAAGGCCGCGAGGCUCUGCAGGCAAAGCUCUCUUGCAAAUACCGCCAACUCCUUCACUUCCUACACGAGUCGCUUGCGAAGGAGACAGCGGAGACUCGACGCCUCGCCGAGCCUCCGCACACGCCAGAGGGCCCGAAAAGCUGGAGCAACGGGUCUGCGGGCGCCCAGGGGAGCGAGAAAACGGGCUGCGCUGACGAGGCAGAGGAACACCCUGGCUCUUGUGCAGGCACAGUUCCUUUGCGAACGCCCGACUCGAGGUUCGCCGAGACGUGGGCGAUGUUGGGGCACGCGGAAGACGAAGCGACGACGGCAGAGAAGAAGGAUCGGCGGGCGCAGGAGUCCGGCGCUCUCGACGCCUUGCCGGUUUUUGCACCCGUGGGAGCGUGCACUGUGAAGCAGGAGGCUCUGACGCAGGAGUUUGCGUUGCGCGCUCAGCUGGGUUCUCCGCUUCUCGAGGAAGGGAAGGAGCAGAAGAAGGAUUUCCAUUUCGAGGGAAAGCAGCUGACCAACGGCUGA